AUGAAGAACCAGUCGGUUACUAUGGAAUUUAUACUGCUUGGUCUAAUCAGCUCCCCAGAACUCCAGACUUUUCUCUUUGGGUUAUUCACAUUCAUCUAUGCUAUUGCUUUAGGCAGUAAUUUCCUCCUAAUCUUUACCAUAUGCUCUUGCCGAAAACUCCACUCUCCCAUGUAUUUCCUGCUUGUUAACCUGUCCUUAGUGAACGUGUUUUCCAUCUCUGUUACAAUUCCUAAAUUGCUUCAGACUCUUUGGACCCAUGCGAAUAGCAUCUCCUUUUAUGGUUGCAUCACACAGGUGUAUCUAUUCAUAUGGGCUUUGGGUACAGAGCUUUUGCUUCUGUCAUUUAUGGCUUUUGACCGCUAUGCUGCUAUCUGCCAUCCUCUGCAGUACACAGUCAUUAUGAGGAAGGAAGUAUGUGUUGGAAUAGCAAGUGGAGUGUGGGUUGCUGGAAUGGUCAACUCUGCUGUUCACGCUGGACUCAUGCUGAAGCUCUCCUUUUGCAGCUCUAACAUCAUCAACCAUUUCUUCUGCGAUGUCCCUCCACUUUUAAAGCUCUCCUGCUCUGACACUAGUCUGAAUGAGACUAUGGCUGUUGUGGCAGAUGUGAUUUUUGGGAUUUGUAGCUGUGGGUUGACCCUAGCAUCAUACUCAUUUAUCGUGAGAAGUAUCCUCAGAAUUCGUUCCACUGAAGGGAAGAAAAAGGCUUUUUCUACAUGCUCCUCACAUCUCAUUGUAGUCAGUUUUUACUUCUCCUCAGUCAUCUACACAUAUAUCAGGCCCACCUCUGACUACUCUCUAGACCGAGACAAAUUUGUUUCUCUCCUUUAUACAGUGGUAACCCCACUUGUUAAUCCAGUCGUAUAUUCACUGAGAAACAAAGAUUUCAAAGAUGCUUUCAAGACAAUUACUGCAAGAGGAAGGCUGCUUCAAAUUCCUCAAGGUUGA